GGAUGAUAUUCAAUUAGUCAAUUGCUAGCUGACCAGGCAGCUUGGUAGCAUGCAUUCUUAUGCAGUCAUUCUGGAUACAGGAUUGGGAUCGACAAAACCCAACCCAGAUUUUCAAGGAGAUAUAUGGGUUCAUUACCAUCCUUUCAAGGACUUUUCUUCUUCACAAGACAAAGGACCUGGUGCUUCAACAUCGGCACGUCUGUCUAAGCACUUAGAAGAGGAUGAUUUUGAUCCUAAAGGUAUUCCUCUCUGGCAUCAAGACUCCAUGCGAUCUCCAUAAUUGUAUUCUUUCAGUCUUUGAUUGGCUUGUUUGACAAUCCUACACAUGUUUUGUGGGAGAGACUUGCUGUCAUCGUCCUGUACAUUAUCCAUGUGUUGUGCUCAUCCCAUGAACCGUUUCAGAUGAAAAUGGGCAAAGAUGAUGGCUGGAUCAGAGUUUUUCAAGUUGAAAGUUGAAACUGCAGAUGUGCCCAUUUAACUUCCCCCAGUUUGUCCUGUGAAGCCUCUCAGGAAAUUAUAAUUUUGGGAAAAUUGUCUUAAACAGAGAAAUGCAGAUUUCCAGGCACCAGUUGCUUGGAAAUUGAGAGAGAUUGGAUGAUAUGGUAGCACACUUCCUCUGAGGAUGUCAUCCUUAGGAUCUGGUAAUUUCCUUAACCCAAUAACCAUAUAUGUUGGAAAGAGGGGAGAAACUGGGGCUGUGAGCCUAAGAUGGAAUGCAAAAUAACUCCUUUCCUUUUAGUUGUCGUUUUAACUUUUCAUAUAUAAUUUUAAGCAAUAUUUUUAUAUGGCAUGUUUUGUUUAUCAAUUGAAUUUUUUUUUUUUUAUCAAAUAAGACAAAUCCACAAGAACUAUGUAUAAAACAAAAAACUUCAA